AUGGCUCUAAACACUAUAGCUGUCAACAACCUUUCGCCUGGUCAUCUAGAUGCCUUUUCCCAGGCUUUCCAUUGCAUUUUUUCCACGGAUCAUGCUGUAGAUGUUCUCGCACAAAUUGUGAACGGGAAACCAGCUAGAGAUAUCGAUUUUGACAUUAAGACGAACUACAAACUUCCCCAUCCAAUUAGACUCUCCGGCCCAUCUGAAGAGGAUUUUGAAAUAGCAAAACGCUUUCAAAAGAGUUUAAGAGCAGAUUCUACAAAUAUAACUACUCUUGAAGCUGGCCACAAUUUUCUAAUAUACUGCAUGUUCAAGCUCGUUCAAGCAUAUCAAAAUACGACCUUGGGUUCGAGAGAGUUCAAGAUUCGCUUACUAGAGAUGACCGCUGUCGCAGUUCACAGUGUUGCGGGAGCCUUCUUCUCCAGCCGUGGGCACGAUCCUCCUCCGCCCAAGGCAGAUGAUAGUCAGCCGCCCAGUCCUCCAACUUAUCUAUACCAUCAGGAAUAUCUAGAUUAUGAACGGAAUCCCCUUGGCGUAGCCGACACUGUUGGAUACUGGACAGAGCUUAAGGUGUUCGGAGGGAUAGUUAUAUUUGAUCGAGGGGAAUCUGAGCAGGAAGCUAUUGAUCCAUACAUCCAUCCAAAGUACCCUUACAUGAUCUAUAAACUCUCAAAGAAACAGCUCGACUCUUUCAUCGAUUUUAGAACCUCCAAGGAUCACUCGGACCCUAUUCCCAUCCCUUUUGUUACCGAAAAGUAUGCACCUCGAGUAGACCCAGAGCAUGCUAUAGAGAAGCACGUCUUCCGUGACAAAAAUGAGCGCAGACCACUCUGGAUGCGCCGCACUGGCCGUACAGUUCAUAGGCGGUACAUGCGAGACGACUUCCCGGAAUUGGUCCAUCAAGUGCAAAAGAUACUGAAGGAGAAGGCCCUCUCCAAGAUGAUAUACUCUGCGCCAAUUGGAUUUUGA